GCAGCUUCGGCUCUUUCCGUCUGUUUCCGCCAUUGCAUCGUCUUCUCCGCCACUUCACGCUGCCUCCAUUUUGCUCUCGUGUGUGUAUGUGUGCGUGCACAGUGUCGGCGUAAACCGGAGAGACAACAGGACCGAACGCGGAGGCACUCAGAGAUUUCCACAGACAUGGACGGCAUCAGUGAUGUUGCAGUUGGAGUGAAGAGAGGAUCAGACGAGCUGAGUAUGUACAACAGUCCCAACUCUGGCAUGAGCAGUAUCAGUGACGGGGCUUCCAAUGGCAGUGACAGUAAAAAGUUGAGGGUGGAGGAGGCCCCGCCAUCACGCGUGCUCCACAUCAGGAAACUGCCCAACGAGGCCUCGGAGACCGAAGUCAUCGCACUCGGCUUGCCUUUUGGCAAGGUCACCAACAUCCUCACACUGAAGGGAAAGAACCAGGCGUUCUUGGAGAUGGGGACGGAAGAAGCCGCCAUCACUAUGGUUAACUAUUACACCACUGUAACUCCUCAUGUCCGCAAUGUCCCAGUCUUUAUUCAGUACUCCAAUCACAAAGAACUCAAAACUGAUGCUGGCAAUCAGCGGACCCAGGCAGUGCUUCAGGCAGUAUCGGCAGUCCAGUCUGGUGGUUCACCAAGCUCAGAUGUACAGGAGGCACUCGCUGCAGCCUCCAGUCCAGUGCUGCGGAUCAUCAUCGACAACAUGUUCUACCCUGUAACGCUGGAUGUACUGCAACAGAUCUUCUCCAAGUUCGGCACAGUCAUGAAGAUAAUCACAUUCACCAAGAACAAUCAGUUCCAGGCCCUUCUACAAUUCAGCGAUCCUGUCAAUGCCCAACAGGCCAAACUGGCGCUGGACGGUCAGAACAUCUACAAUUCAUGUUGUACGCUGCGUAUCGACUUCUCCAAGCUGGUCAACUUAAAUGUCAAGUACAACAAUGAUAAGAGUCGCGACUACACACGGCCCGAGCUGCCUGCUGGUGACGGCCAGCCCAGCCUUGACCCCACGGUGGCUGCUGCCUUCAGCAAAGACUCCAACUCCCUCCUCGGUAAGAUCCCAGGAGCCCUGAACCCCCUGAGCGCAGCGGCAGCUGCUGCUGCUGCUGCAGGGAGGGUGGCCCUAGCUGGACAGGCGGGGUCCAGUGGGGUCCUGCUGGUCAGCAACCUCAACGAGGAGAUGGUUACGCCCCAAAGUCUGUUUACCCUCUUCGGAGUGUAUGGUGAUGUCCAGAGGGUGAAAAUUCUUUACAAUAAGAAGGACAGCGCUCUCAUUCAGAUGUCAGAUGCUAACCAGGCCCAGCUAGCAAUGAGCCACUUGAAUGGCCAAAAGAUGUAUGGAAAGAUCAUCCGUGUGACACUGUCCAAGCAUCAGACGGUCGCGCUGCCACGUGACGGCCUGGAUGACCAGGGCCUGACCAAGGACUACGCCAAUUCCCCACUUCAUCGCUUUAAGAAACCUGGCUCUAAGAACUUCCAGAACAUCUUCCCACCAUCUGCCACUCUCCACCUCUCCAACAUCCCACAAGAUGUGACAGAGGAUGACCUGCGGCUGCUCUUCUCCAACGCUGGAGGCACCGUGAAAGCCUUCAAGUUUUUCCAGGAUCGGAAAAUGGCUCUGAUCCAGAUGUCGACAGUGGAGGAGGCCAUCCAGGCCUUGAUUGACCUUCAUAACUACAACAUGGGAGGCAACCAGCACCUGAGAGUCUCUUUCUCCAAGUCCACCAUCUAAGAAUCUGACCCAGAAACUCCUGACAGCACCAGGGUUUACUGUCAGAAACCAUUUGAGACUGUGUCUGGACACUGGGGGGACCACGUUGAUUGAAUAAGUUUUGUUGUUGGGGUUUUGUUGAUCCUGUCAUUCCUUGAGAGAGACUGAAACCUUUGACUUGCAUCCUUUUUUUAAAGAGAACAGUCAAGUAUGUUGCAGAUUCUGGAUCCUCCCAGCUGUUCUUAACCGUACCUCUGUAUUUUUAUGUCAGACAAAAUAUUGACGAUUGAUUGUCCCCUUGUACGAUAGUUUGAUGUAGAUCAGUGUUUAAUUCUUGAUUUAGUUGAAAAGAUACAGUAAUUAUGUGCCUUACUUGACAAUAUCAACUGUUUCUACAGCUGGACAUUCAUUAAUUACCCUCGUAUGCUUUUGGGGCACAUUGGUAUUGGAAAAUUUUGGAGGUUAUUGAGAAGUUUUUAAAGCUCUGCCAUCAACAAGGCGUAGCUCUUUUUUUGUAUUGUUCCACAGUUUUUAAAUUCAACAUUUUCCUUUUCAGUUUAGCAGCACGAGAGAAUAUUCCUGAGGUAAAUUGUAUGAGUUUUUACAGCAGCCUGUGACAGGCACUUGAACUUGAAUUCCAUUAUUCCACAAGUAUGCUCAGUGCAAGAUUGUUUUAUUUUCCCCCAGUUUUGAUUUCACAUAACGUCACAUAUCAUAACGUGGCUCGUGGCUAAGUAUUUCUUUAUCCGUGUUUUUAAAGCCUUCCAUGCUUUUUCCAUAGCAGUGAGGUGUAAUUGUCAGUGACAAUGGUUUUCUAAGCAUGUAUAGUUACGAUAGGAUCUCCCAUCAGAAAGUGUUGCAUGCUGUGGAAGCAGUUAGAUGAGUCCACUGUGAUUUCAUUGUCAUGUGACAGUUUACUCGAGAGGGCUACUCAGUUGGACCAAAGUUUCUGUGCCUUUAGUGUUCCUUUAAUUAAUUUUAACAACAAAAAAGCAUUUGAAUAAGCUGAAAUGUUGCAUUUCAGGUGAAAAUGCUCAGAAUUUUAAGUGUUUAUUCCCUUUUUUUUUAAAAUACUUAACAGGACCUCUUGACUGGAGGUGUUUGCUCAGAAAUAUAGUUCUGUAUAUUUUUUCUUCAAAGUCCGAUUUUAUACCGCUCAAAGUGUAAGGAUUUGGUAUAGUUCUGAAGAGGCACAAUUAAAGGAUGAAUUAUUUUCUAACAAGGGGAGGUGCGACUUUGUUUCCUGCUUUUUGAGUUUUCCCUCUCAUGGUCUCGUGUAUUCUGCAUUACGUCUGUAGCAUGCCUAAUAAAACUAUUCUGUAGCUCUGCA